CAAACAGCUGAUAACAAAUAUCAUGCAAAAUUUAUUUAAAGCUCACAAACAAACUACGAAUUUAAUGUAGUAAAAAGCCGGACACCAAACGGUUUAAAACAUUUAAAAUCAUUGGAGAUUAUUGGACAGCAGAGUGCAAACAUGUCACAAAAUAAUAAAAAGCUAACAAUUGCAAUGUGCCAAUUGCCAUGUGGCCACGAUGUGACCACAAAUGUACAAAAUGCUGUUGAAGCCAUCAAAGAGGCCAAGCAAAAAAAUCCCAAAGUACAAUUGGUAAUUUUACCAGAAAGUUUCAAUGCUCCAUAUGGUGUAGAGUUUUUUGCCAAGUACGCUGAAAAAGUGCCUGAAGGACCAACAUGCCAGGCUUUGUCAAAAGUUGCAAAAACUUUGGGUAUUUACAUCAUUGGUGGCAGUAUAAUUGAGCGUGCUUAUUCGGAUAAGUUGUAUAACACCUGCACUGUAUGGUCACCUGAGGGCAAACUAAUUGGCAGACAUCGUAAGAUUCAUCUUUUCAACAUUGACAUUGAUGUUGAGAACGAUGGCGGUGCUAAAUUCAACGAAGGUUUAGCUUUAUCUGCUGGCAAUGAUUUUACCGUUGUAGAUAUUUUCAAUCAUAAAGUUGGUAUUGGUAUUUGUCACGACAAACGUUUUGAUGAGUUGGCUCGCGUUUAUCGUAAUCAAGGCUGUGAUAUGAUAGUUUAUCCAUCAGCCUUCUGUAUUUGCCAAGGUCCCAUGCAUUGGGAACUUUUGCAACGUUCACGUGCCAACGAUAAUCAACUAUUUGUCGUCACUUGCUCUCCCUCACGCAACAACAUGUCCGGUUAUGUUGCAUAUGGUCAUUCCAUGAUUGUUGAUCCAUGGGGCCGUGUACAACGUGAGGCUGGUAUUAUGCGUGAAAUAGUUAUUGAUGAACUUGAUUUCCAAAUGGUCGAUGAUGUUCGCCGUCAAUUGCCUUUGUUUGGUCAACGCCGCACUGAUAUGUACAACACAAAUAUGAUAAAGCAAUAAUUAUUUGCGGUUUGACAAGUUCAUAUUAUUGCAGUUGAUGAUACAAAUGUUCGCUGGCUGAAUAGUUUUAUGUUGUUUUCUUGUUGUAUUUAUAUGAAAGUUAUUGUUAUAUUAAUAAAAAUAAAAACUUAAUAUAAUAAUAUAAGGCUA